AUGGAAGCAGAUGAGGCCACAGAAGAGCUUGACACCACCAUGGAUGCAGAACAGCACCCCUCUUCAAAAGACCCUUCUAUGGAAGACUUGCAGGAGUCCCCCUUGGAACCUUCUAUCUCUGAGGCCACUGUAGAGCCUCAGGCCUCUCAGGACAUUACUAUGGCAUCCGCUUCCCAGAUCCCUUUAGAGCCACACCUCUCUGAGACCCCUUUGGUUCCAUCUACUUCCCAGAGCCCCUUGGAGGCCCAUAGCCCCUUGGAAUCCCAUGCUUCUGGGUCUCCCUUGGAGCCCACCAUCUCUCUACAGCAGGAUGACUCUGAGACCCCUUUGAAGACCCCUACUUCUGAGAUCCUCCUAGGGACUCAGAGCUCUGAAGUCCCAGAGAAACACCUUUCCUUUCAGCCUUCAUCCUUAAGUCUUGCCUCUGGGUCUUCCUCUGGUGUUUUGAAGGAAGACCUCUCUGAGCCUUCUUCCAGCGAGAGCUCAUACACAAGGAGGGCCACCCAGGGCCCUGAAGUCGAAUACCUUCCAGAACACUCCCUUCUGGGCCCUUCAGCCCAUUUCUCUGUGGACAUAUCUGCCAAGCUGAGGGAAGAGGAAGAUGCAGAAGAGGAGGAGGAAGUGGACACCAGUGACAUCACUGUUCACCCAGGCCAGCCUGAACAUCAGCUGGGCAACACAGGCCACUCUGUGGACCCUGCUAAUCAGGCAGAGUUGGUGGAAGCAGCUAACACAAUGCAAAGAGAGCAAUGUGGUACUCAGGUGAAUUAUAUUUUCCAAUGGGAGAAGAAUACAGCCCUGAAUGCCAUCCAGUCAGGCCUGUACAUUGGCUGGCGAUGCCCCCACUAUCUGUGGGAUUGUUUCCGGAUCAGAGAUGAAUCCAAGUGCUUUUGUGGACACUUGCUGAGAGAGCAUCAUAUCAUGUCAGACAUAUCUGUGCCUUGCCGUGUGAGCCAGUGCCGCUGCCUCAUGUUCUGCUUUAUCCCGUCACGCCCUGAGGAGGUGGGUGAGUUCUGGCUCAAGAGACGGGCCACAUUUGACCCCAAGGCCUGGAGAGCACAUUGUCGCUGCAAACACAGCCAUGAAGACCAUGCGGCCAUGGGGCCCCAUCCCUGCCGACAUCACGGCUGUUGCUGUAGCUGUUUUGAGUCUAAUUUCCUGUGUGCGGCCUGUGACCGGCGCUGGGAGGAGCAUGAGACCUUCUUUGAGACUGAGGAGACCCGGCGGCGGAGAGGGAGACCUCAUGGGUCACACGCUUUCAGCAACUGGCACAGGCCGAUAUGAGUCCCGCCUGAACCAGCAAUAAAGGGGAACCACUGGAAUCUGACCUGAUUCUAUAAUGGGGCAGGUAGAGCCUGGGUGAGGG